AUGUCAAACUUGCAGGCUCUGUCACUGAAAAGACAGACAUUAAGCACCAGCUACCUUGCACACCAGCAUCUCCUCUUCUUCUGCAGGGAUUUUGCAACAAUGACUUCAGGAAUCUUUCUGUUACUUUUCUGUGGGAUUAUUUCAGAACACCUUGGAAAUGCACAGAAAUUGUCAAAAGAAAAAAAGAAACUAAAUAUGAAAGUCCACAUCAAUGCUACUGGUGACACACUUGUAAUGAAGUUUCUUCGUCCAAAUCAAAACACCAGGCUUGAAGGAUUUAUUUUGGGAUAUGGGAAUAACUUCUUCUCAAACCAGUACAUACAGUGGCCAGAAAAUGGAAAGUCAUACAUUACAGAAGUUGAUGCUGAACCAAGAUAUUUGAUAUCUGUAAAACCAAAUGAAAAUAAGAAGUCCUGCAAAGAAAAGAACUCUACGCAGAAACCUAUUCAGCUUGUUAUUGGCACCUUGACACCCACCUCAGUGUUUCUAUCAUGGGGUAUCCUUAUAAAUCCACAGAUUGACUGGUCUGUUUUAAACAAAUGUCCAAAUGACAGGUUUUAUACAGUGCGCUACAAAGAAAAAAACAAGGACUGGCUAUUCCAGCUCUGCCCAACAACUGAAACAGUAAUAGACAAUCUAAAACCUAAUACUCUGUAUGAAUUUGGUGUGAAAGAUAACACAGAUGGCGGGAUCUGGAGCAACUCAUAUAACCAUAAGACAAUACCCAAAGGGAAAGAAAACGGACAGAUCCAAAAUACCUAUAAAAUCCCAAAAGGCGUAAUACAGUUGCCUCCUGAAAAUACAAAAGCAUACAUUCCAAUAACUGUGAUUAAACAAGGGUUUCAAAAUCUUACUAAUUUGCUGAAACCUAAACCGACAGUGGCCGUCUCUCCAACAGAGCAAAAUCCAGUCCGCAAGGAAGAACCAAAAAAAGUUCCAGCAGCUACCACUACUAAGGCACCUACACCUAAGCCAAAACUAGUUAUGAAAGUUACAGAACCUCCUCCAGCUGUCAAACCAUCAGAAAAAGCCAGUGCCGAAGACCUCAAACCAGCAAUGACAAGCCAACCCUUUGUGGAAUCUUUCACACCGGACUCAUCCAUUGAUACCCUAGAAUGGGUCCGAGCCACCAUGGUAACACAUCCCUAUAUCUCUGUUAUUAAUGAAUCAAAUGAACCUCCUACCAUCGAUGACCAGUCACAGGCAUCACCAUUGGUGUGGGUCAAACAAAAAAAUGGCAUAUCCGCAGAAUCAACCGAAGUGCCAGCCGUGGAAAUUCACCCAACUUUGGACCAUGCCAAAGAGACAAUGGCGCUGACUGAAAAGCAAUUGCUGGUUUCAUCCAAACCAAUAAUAGUUUCAAGCUCAGAAAAGCCACAACCUAGAUUGGCAAUCCCUACCAUUGCACCUGUUCCUCUAACAAGGGAACCUCCUAUUCAACAGCCAAAGACUGUAUUGGCAAGUGGAAGUCUUACCACUCAGGCACCACAGACAAUAAGCAUCCUACAAAGAGCAUCUGUAUCAUCAGUAAAAACAGUACUAACUACUCAAGUGCCUUUCAAAAGGCAGAAGACAAUGUUAGGUAUGUCGACAAAAAUAACUCCUGUCACUGUAGGACAAACUAGCUCCAAACCCGCAGGGAAACCUCCAUUGAUAUCUCGUGAACCCCCAGUGAGCAAACGUGCACCCCCCAGACAGCACAGCACAAAUUCGGCAGGAUUACAUCCAUUUAUCACUGAUGCUCCACAUUCGAGCAUUCAUGUGUCUUGGAAACAGCAGACAACUGCAGCUGUGAGCCUGAAGCUUCCUACUGAAGUUCCAUCUACAAAACCCAGCUUGGAAUAUUACCAAACCAUUCAUGUGCCAAAAGACAAGGAGCUUUACACUGAAGAUAGUCUAGACAUCACAGAAUGGGCAGACAGUGCAAAUGGGCUCUUAACAUCAACAUCUGCUCCAGAUAGAACGUCGGCCAUACGUUUGAUUACAAAAAAACAAUCAAGGACCCCAAAGGCAGAGAAACCACGAGUGAGAACUCAAGUACCUAUCAAAGAGCGCAGGACCACAAUAGCUGCAGUUGGGAAACAUCCUAUUUUUGUUCCUACUACAAAAUCCAACUGGGAGUACUCCCAAACCCUUCACGCAGAAAGAUACCCAGUCUCUACUGAUGAAACCCAAGUCAGCACUCAUGUACCUAUCAAACAGCAAAGGACCACACUGGCAGGGAAACAUCCUGUGUCCACCGAUGAACCACAAGUGACUACUCAUGUAUCCAUCAAUCAGCACAGAACCACAUUGGCUGCAGGUGUUCCUGCUACAAAACCCAGCUUGAAACAUCUUCAAACUAUUCAUGAACUACCCUUGAUUCGGUCAACAUCAUCCUCUGGGCCAGAUGUAACUUGGAAAAUCCCACAGGUUACUCGAGAAAAAGACAGCACCCCACAGGUGGGAAGCCAUCCAGUGUCUACCAAUGAACCAGAAGUGAGCACUCGUAAACCUAUCAAACAGCACAGGACCACACUGGUGGCGAGUGGGAAGCAUCCUAUUGAUGUUCCUACUACAAAAUCCAGCUUGGAACCUCCUCAAACUAUUCAUGCCAGGAGAUAUCCAGUGUCUACUGAUGAACCACAACCAAGCACUCUUGUAUCUGUCAAAGAGCACAGGACUACAUUGGCAGGUAGAUAUACAGUGUCCACCGAAGAAGCACAAGUGAGCACUCCUGUACCUAUCAAACAGCACAGAACCACACUGGCUACUACCAGACAAGCUAUUCCAGACAAAUACUUUCACUACUUUACCAAAACAACUACUGCAUACUCUGGAGGUCAGCUCAUUCCUACCACAUCACAGGAUAUUGCAGAAGUGUCACUAGCUGUACCUGUUCCAAGUGAAACACCAUUCCUCCAUCCACCAGCUGUUCCUAGUACAGAAGCUCCUCAGUAUGGAGAUGACAGCACUGAGCUAGUUCCUGAAAUAAUAACAACGGAUUCUCUUUACAUCGUUGAACAAGAAAAAAUAAGCUUAGCUUCCAGUGACAAGCCAAUUGUCCAUAUGUUUGCAACAACUUCAAAGCCAAGCAUCAAGAUCACAGCUGCACCAAAGAAAUCCCGUCCCUCUCCCACCCAGUCUAGUACCUCACCCACGGCAGAAGUAAAACAGCCAACACCUGCACCAAAGAAAUCCCGACCCUCUCCCAUCCAGUCUAGUACCUCAUCCACGGCAGAAGUAAAACAGCCAACACCUGCACCAAAGAAAUCCCGUCCCUCUCCCACCCAGUCUAGUACCUCACCCACCGCAGAAGUAAAAAAGCCAACACCUGCAUCAAAGAAAUCCCUUCCCUCUCCCAUCCAGUCUAGUACCUCACCCACGGCAGAAGUAAAAAAGCCAACACCUGCACCAAAGAAAUCCCGACCCUCUCCCAUCCAGUCUAGUACCUCAUCCACGGCAGAAGUAAAACAGCCAACACCUGCACCAAAGAAAUCCCGUCCCUCUCCCACCCAGUCUAGUACCUCACCCACGGCAGAAGUAAAACAGCCAACACCUGCACCAAAGAAAUCCCGACCCUUUCUCACCCAGUCUAGUACCUCAUCCACGGCAGAAGUAAAACAGCCAACACCUGCACCAAAGAAAUCCCGUCCCUCUCCCACCCAGUCUAGUACCUCACCCACGGCAGAAGUAAAACAGCCAACACCUGCACCAAAGAAAUCCCGACCCUUUCUCACCCAGUCUAGUACCUCAUCCACGGCAGAAGUAAAACAGCCAACACCUGCACCAAAGAAAUCCCGUCCCUCUCCCACCCAGUCUAGUACCUCACCCACGGCAGAAGUAAAACAGCCAACACCUGCAUCAAAGAAAUCCCAUCCCUCUCCUACCCAGUCUAGUACCUCACCCACGGCAGAAGUAAAACAGCCAACACCUGUUUUAAAGGCAUUUGAAAGAGUUAACUUAGCAGAAGAAGCUAAAGAACCCUCUGUUCCAGUUGAGACAAAAAAAAGUUCUACUUUGGCUCCCAAAACAACAAUUUCAACAGAAAGCCCAUCCCCAGAGCUUGAUCAAAAAACACCUCAUCGUAUGCCCAUUAAUCUUAUCAGAGUUCAUUUUUUUGACGAGCAAUCAACGGUGCCAGAUAUCACAGGGAAACUCAGGGAAACAACAGAUAGCCCUCCUCCAAAGGAUGAUCGUAAACCACCUCAUCGUAUGCCAAUUAAUGUUAUAAGAGUUCAUUUUUUUGAAGAUCCAGAGCAAUCAACCACUAAAGUGCCAUAUAUUUCAGAAACAGUUAUUCCUACUAAACGCUGGAAAACAACUGAGAGUCCCCUCCCAACAGAUGCCGCAAGCAAGACACACACCACUUUGCCACCAACACCCAAAACAAAUCAGUCAAGUAAAAAGUCCAUCACAAAACCUGUUGUACAUACAACGCAAAAACCACCUCAUCAAAAAACAACUCUCAGACCAGAAAGUCCAGACACUAAACCUGUUCCUAUACAGACACAAAAAGUUUCUCCACCUAAAACAAAAAAAAACCAACAGACUCCACGUCCACGUGCAAAACCUGCUCCCACUGGACCACCACAAGUCUCUAUUAAGCCUGUAAUUCCGCAUCAAAUUCGAGAAGCAACGUUGGCUCCAUAUAGAGUGCACCCUAGUUCCUCCAGACCCAGAACAUCAGUCAGACCAAGGACCAGACCUGCACAAAAUGGCACAGCGCUCAGGGCAAGACCAACUGGAGACAAUACAUGGAUGACUGGUGUAAUACCAGGUGGAAGGUACAUUGACAGUACUAAACUUCUUGGUGCUAGCAGAAAUAUUUCAAUGGAACCAAACAAUACUGGAAAGAGAGUAUUCUCAGUGUCUUCUGCGCCGCUUAUUCCUGUACGACCGACAAGCGUGCGAAGAAGAUUUCCACCUACAAAUGUUACAGGUAGACCAGGAGGUCCAGGAAGUGUUCUGUUACCAGUGGUUCCUUCAACAGCCAAGCCUAACCGUACAACACCUGCAAAACAACCAACCUAUCCUCCUGAGGAUGACAUUGUUGACACCACAGUAUUUAGUCCAAGUCCAAAAUCAGAUAUUGAUGCACUGGGCAAAACCCGAUACACAGCACCCCAUGUCAAGUAUAUGAGCAAGGACGAAAAAAUCCCAUGUUCUAUAACUGAAAGUCUCAGGCAUUUCCCGACAGAGGAGGCUAGCAACCAAGAAGCAACCAUGCCUCCGCAGAACCCACCAUCCAACCUUACUAUAGUGACGGUGGAGGGUUGUUCGUCCUUUGUUAUUCUGGAGUGGGAACCAAAUGACAAUGACACAGUCACAGAAUAUGAGGUUAUUUCGAAAGAAAACGGAGCACCUCCGGGAAAAGACCAGUCCAUAACAACUACAAAUCAGACGCACUCAACGGUGGAAAACUUGAAGCCUGACACAAGUUAUGAAUUCCACGUGAUUCCAAAAAAUCCUCUUGGAGAAGGUCCUGUUAGCAACACUGUGGAAUUCAACACAGAAUCAGCGGAUCCGAGAGUCAGCGAGCCUGUUAAAGCUGGAAAAGAUGCUAUCUGGACAGAAAUAAAAUUUAAAUCAGACUCCUAUUCAGAAUGCAGAGGGAAACAGUACGUUAAGAGGACCUGGUAUAAGAAGUUUGUUGGCAUUCAACUCUGUAACUCUCUGAGAUAUAAGAUAUACCUCAGCGAUUCUCUUUCAGGAACAUUUUACAAUAUAGGUGACCAGUCUGGAUUUGGGGAGGACCACUGCCAGUUUGUCGACUCAUUCCUUGAUGGAAGGACAGGUCAACAGCUAUCACCUGAACAACUGACAAGCAGAAAAGGAUUUUACAGAUCAGUUCGCCAACAACCAGUAGACUUUGGAAACAUAGGAGGCAACACGCACAUUAGCUACGUCCAUUGGUAUGAAUGUGGCAUUGCAAUUCCUGGCAAAUGGUAAUAAGAGGAGAAUUCACUUCACUCAAGCACAACUUGGUCGCUAGGAAUUGCGCUGGCUUUUAUAGUAUCCUCAUUUUUUAAAUGUCUACUAAUGUAAAAUAUGUAUUAAAGAAGUCAGAGUAAUGAGAUUAUUAUGGAGUAAACAUUUUUCAGAGUAGACUGCUUCCAUAUUUAUCAGAAUUAUCAAUAUAAAAAGGAUAUUGUUUUAAUAGGAUAAAAUCUCGGGAAGCUGGCUCCCUGUUCUUGGAAUUUUAAGAAAAGCAGUGUCUAUAUUAUUUAUCACAAUGUUGUAAUAAAUGUUUUUAGGCAAACUAAAUAUUCAGAUACAUCGUUGUAAAAAAAAAAAAAUACAGAUUUCUAAACCAAGCAUUAUCAAUCAAACCAAUCUUUCAAUAGUGGUCGUUGUCUAAACAGAAUUGUGAAUGUUUUAAUUUAUUUAAUCAAAAGACCACAGCAUUGACUUCAUAUCUGUGUGGUUCUUGCACAUGUUUAAAUGGUGAGUUUCCAUUGCAAAAUGAACCAAACAUUUAGUAAUUCCAAUACAUUCUUUUUUUGGGGUGACAAUAGCCAACUACUGUUUUAACAUUAUAUUGCAAAAUCUACUAAUGUUCACUAAAACACUGUUUUCGUGUACAUUUAAUUACAUGAACAUUUUUUUUCCCAAAUCCAAUCAAGCAUUUUAAAAAAACAAGGCAGGUACUUUUAUGUGUUCCCUCUGUUGUGUAAGAAGAUACUUUACUUUUUAGGCUGCAAAUAUUUUAAGGUUUAACGUAAGCAUGUGAUUUAUAAAUAAAAUUGUAAUUAACUCUACAAAAUGUACAGUAUAUCCAGUAUAGCUUUAUUUCCAAUGCAACUUGGUUUUGUAUCUGAAAAGCAGUAUAUGAAUUCUACAAUAAAGAAACCGAUCUUUUUUUU